GGCACUAUCUCAUCGGGGAAGGCGUGUCAGUCCCCGAAUUACUCAGCGCCCCUUUGUCCUCGUUCGGUGGCCAGCCAGCGACACUCAUGGCGGCUGCACCCGUCAGGCAGCGCUCCGGACCAGGGGGGCAGCGGGCACAGCUCCCGCCCUGUUACUACGAAGGGUACCUGGAGAAGCGAGGACCGAAAGAAAAGGCAUCCAGGCGGCUGUGGACGUGCCUGUGUGGGAAUUCUUUGUAUUUCUUCAACAACGCCAAGGACACUCAUUAUGUGGAGAAGCUGGACCUCAGCGGCUUUGUGUCCCUGAAGGACGACUGCAGCCGGGACAGAAACCUAGAGGCAGCUAGGCUCAUCCUCCAAAUGAAGGAUGGAGAGACCAAACUCACAGCACCAAACUUGGAAUCACGGGAGCUGUGGAAAGGAUUCCUCUACUCUGUUAUAGAUCUGAAUGUACCAUCCUAUCUCACACUGCUGCCUGGGCAGCUACAAAUGCUACAGGAGGUGGUGGACAAAGAAAGAGCCAGGCGGAGAAGUCGCAAUCCUGCACGAGCUCCUCCUUCGCCUCUCUCCGUUCCUUUAGUAGGAGAGAUCCCACCAUGUUUUCGGCCCGUGUCCCGGACGGAGGCUGAAGUCCUUUUAGAGAGACACCCAGACUGUGGCAACAUGUUGCUUCGUCCAGGCAGAGACGGAUGCUCGUUGGCCGUUACUACUCGACAGGAUCUCAAUGGGUCAGUUUUCAGACAUUACAGAGUCACACAGAGGGACCAAGGUGGUUAUGUCAUUGAUGUUGAAAAUCCUAUCCCCUGUGCCACUCUUCAUGAGGUCAUUGAUGCACUAGUAGAGAAAACAGCAGGAACUCUUCAGCCUUUCCUACUCGAGGAGCCUUAUGAGGAGAAUAUAACAUAUGUUUCUGCCAAUGAUGAGAACGGAGAGAGGAUCCUCCACACUGCCCCCUCAAGCCCCCUGCCUAGGGCCCCUGCCCUUCCUCCAAAACAAGAUCGUUGGUCCUCCAGCAGUCCCCUGUCCAGGUCCCCCGCCCCAGACCGUCGCAUUCUGACCUCACCAGUCCCGGCCUCGCCCAGCAACCCGAUGAGACGACUGAUCCUCUCCCCUUCACCUCUCACACAGACGCUCAAUGAGGAGCUCAAAAUGAAGCUGGAGAAGAGACGAGCGAGUCAGGAAUGACUUUUACUCAUUGGGAGGGACUCCCUGUCACAGCAUACUCAAUCUUCGGUGCCAAACCUACUCUCACUGCAGCUACGUGCUCAUCCUGUGCCUUCAAUGUGGAAGACAAGGGACUACAGAACCACUACUUUCUCUUGGGGAACCUUAAAACUGUGUUUGUUUGUUUCAGUAUUUAUGUUGUUAGAUUUGACAUGAGUUAACUGACUCUGGCUAGCUCCCUAAGAGCAAGACCGACUGGUUAUCACCGAUUACAUUCAUGCAAUCUCUCAAAAUGCUGCCCGCCCUGUUUGGCUGAUGACCCACUUGCGCGUUGUCCAGUUGCAUAAUAUUGUUUACAAGCUGCCUCCAAGCAAAAAUACAGUCCACAAGAACUAUGAAUCACUCACAGAAGGACUGACACAUAUCGGACCUCCAGUUGAGCCUCAUGUUUUCCUGUUUGAGCCAAAAAACAAACAAAUAAAUGAAAAAAAUACUGGGUGCUAAACUGCUGCUACAACACUGGAAACCACUUAAAAAACAACAUGUAGACUGCCAUGAUCAACUCCAAAGCAACAAACUCUGACAUGAGACAAAUCCAGGCAUGCUCAGCUACUUGAGUUUCCUCAUUCACAUCACUACAUGUAGCAUGACUGGAAUAAUAACAAUACAACUUAGCUGCACACUCUCUGCCUGCCUGCUCCGAGUCCUACAUCUGACUGAUAAGCAACCAUUAACACUGCUGUUGAUACAAUGUAGCUCAUUUACAGCUCAACUUUAACUGUUUUGUGUGUGUUUCCUUAUUCUCUUCUCUUGUGUACGUGCUAUUGUAUGGUGCUAUGAUUGACCAGACCUGCCUGGAAACCACAGACUGUAUGUAACUAGAUGAUUUCUGUUCCUCUGUAAGAAAAAGGGAAAAAGAAAAAAAAAAAAUCAGUCUACUGUAGUCAUAAGUGAGGGCGCCCUCUUGUGGUACGUCUGUCCCAUGACACUGAGCACAAUCACUUACAAUAGGUCAACCCCUUUACUUUGCAGAGAAAACCUGAAACUUUUGUUAUAGUUUUUUUUUUCCAGCUGCACUACAGUUAACUGAUUACAGGUCUGAAGGUGCUCAAACAACGACAAGUAACUCUACGUGUAAAAAACGUUUACAGAUCAGUGUCAAAUGACUCUUAAAUGUCUUGCAGUGAACAGUUUCUUGUAUGUUGGUACAUGAUUGUCUCGUCUACUUUAUUAUCAAAGGUAGUUGGAUAUCUGAAGAAUUAAAUGUGUUUUUGCAUGGA